AUAAAGGGUGAGGUGUACUGCAACAGAUAUAUGCUGCACACAAUCAAUUCAGAUAGCUUCAGACUUUGAGGCAGCAUGUCAAGGAGUGGGUGUGCAUGCUAUUGCUGGCUGAUCGCGCUGCUCUGCUCCCAGCUGGCUGCUGCCAAGGAGCAAUACCAUGAGUUUGUGAUCAGGGAGGCGACGGUGAAGAGGCUGUGCAAGAGGCAGAGCGUGAUGACGGUGAACGGGCAGUUCCCGGGGCCGACGCUGGAGAUCAGCGAGGGGGACUCGCUCAUCAUCAACCUCAUAAACCGGGGCAGAUACAACAUGACGCUGCACUGGCAUGGCGUGCGGCAGAUGAGGACGGGGUGGUCGGACGGGCCGGAGUACGUGACGCAGUGCCCGGUGAGGCCGGGGCAGAGCUACCGGUAUCGCUUCACGGUGGCCGGGCAGGAGGGCACCCUGUGGUGGCACGCACACUCCACCUGGCUCCGCGCCACCGUCUAUGGCGCCCUCCUCAUCCGCCCUCGCGACGGCACCAACUAUCCCUUCGACGCCCAGCCUGCAGGGGAGCUCGCCCCCAUCCUGCUUGGGGAGUGGUGGGACAUGAACCCCGUCGACGUGGUGCGUGCCGCCACACGCACCGGCGCCGCGCCCAACAUCUCCGACGCCCUCACCAUCAACGGCCAGCCCGGCGACCUCUACAACUGCUCCUCCCAGGACACGGCCCUCUUUCCGGUCAAGUCCGGCGAGACCAAUCUUGUGCGCUUCAUCAACGCCGCGCUCAACACGGAGCUCUUCGUCUCCCUCGCCGGCCACAACAUGACCGUCGUCAGCGCCGACGCCUCUUACACCAAGCCGUACACCACCUCGGUCCUCCUGCUCGGCCCCGGCCAGACCACCGAUGUGCUCGUCACCUUCGACCAGCCCCCCGGCCGCUACUACCUCGCCGCCCGCGCCUACGCCAGCGCGCAGGGCGUGCCCUUCGACAACACCACCACCACCGCCAUCUUCGACUACGGCGCCGGCAAUGGCAGCUCCAGCCCCGCAAUGCCCACCCUCCCGGCGUACAACGACACCGCCACGGCGACCGCCUUCACGACGAGCCUGCGCGGCCUCCGCAAGGCGGAGCUCCCGUCGCGCGUGGACGAGAGCCUCUUCUUCACCGUCGGCGUGGGCCUCUUCAACUGCUCCAAGGGGCAGCAGUGCGGCGGGCCGAACGGGAUGCGGUUCGCGGCGAGCAUCAACAACGUCUCCUUCGUGCUCCCCUCCUCCUCCUCCAUCCUUCAGGCGCACUACCAUGGCGCGGCCAACGGCGUCUUCACCGCCGACUUCCCGGCCAACCCGCCGGUGCAGUUCGACUACACGGCGCAGAACGUGAGCCGCGCGCUGUGGCAGCCGGUGGCGGGCACCAAGGUGUACAGGCUCAAGUACGGGUCGGCCGUGCAGGUGGUGCUCCAGGGCACCAACAUCUUCGCCGGCGAGAACCAUCCCAUCCACCUCCACGGCUACGACUUCUACAUCCUCGCGGAGGGGCUCGGCAACUUCGACGCCGGCAGGGACACGGGCAAGUUCAACCUGGAGGACCCGCCGAUGAGGAACACGGUGGGCGUGCCGGUGAACGGGUGGGCGGUGAUCAGGUUCGUGGCGGACAACCCGGGGGUGUGGCUGAUGCACUGCCAUCUGGACGUGCACAUCACCUGGGGCCUCGCCAUGGCCUUCCUCGUCGACGACGGCGUCGGUGAGCUGCAGUCGCUCGAGGCACCUCCACCUGACCUGCCACUCUGCUGACUGCUCGCUGAUUAAUUAUUUAUUUGGAGGCAUUACUCAAUUGCAUUUUUCACAUUUGAUUCUUCAUUAAGAAAUGGACAACAUUCUAGUCAAUGUUCAAAUUAAUGCAUGUAUAACAACAGCAGUUCGAGGUGUAUCAACAAAAGUUGCUACUCGUAAUCGGGACUUCUAUGUAUCAACUAUCGAUAAAUUUUCUCGCAAAAAUUUAUCAAAUGAAAAUAUAAUAGAAUUGUGAUCGAUGUAAUUACGAUGUAACUUGAAUGGAACUACAGAAUAGCCAAUGUGUGACUUGUAAAAACCCCGUGCUAGCACGCUGCUUAUAUGAGGCGGAGGUCGUGAGAUCGAAUCCUGUCACUUGUGUGCACCCAAUUGAAUUUGCAUGUAUUAUCAUUCACAUUCGAUUCAUUAAGA